AUGACCGGUCCAGCACACACUGCUACGAAAGAAACCGACUACUGGAUUAAUCAAUCUAUGCGUGAACAUACCGAUGGACAGAGUGCGCAUUACACGCAUCCAGUAGGACAUCAAAUGGUAAAUCAACAGGUAUAUAUCAAUCCAAAUUACAGCCAAAGCCAGGAUUCAUUGCCUUAUGGCAGCAUCUUGGAGAAUAUUUUGCGUAAUGGAAGGAAAACGGCGGAUUACUUUCACCCCGCUGAAAAUCCAAUGAUACCGACGAAUGCGGAAAAUGUGCCCCCUAUUUGUUGUCAAUAUCCUUCGUGCUCUCCGACUGCGACUAAUGGUGCAUCUCCUACUGUUGGAUGUUCGUCGAACGCUCAAGAACAUAUUCAACAACCACCAGGAUCGCAUAACAGAUACUUAGCGAACUACCAAAGUUAUCCUAUUGCAGUAACUACUUCCAGUAACAACUGCAUGGUCCCAUCGAUGAUGAUACCCAGCGUAGUCGAAAACUAUGAAGUACAGCAAAGAUACGAUGGAUAUACCAAUAAUAAUGAGAAACCGAGCCCAAACAGAACUGAUGAACAAGCGAGCACGAACGAGGAAGCCCAAAAGUAUGUGACUUAUCCGUGGAUGAGAUCUUUCACUAAUGGUGCCACGAACAACAAUGGACAGAAGCGAACUCGUCAAACAUACACCCGAUACCAAACCCUUGAACUAGAAAAAGAAUUCCAUUUUAAUUGUUACCUCUCCCGCAAACGACGGCUAGAAAUAUCCCGAAAUCUCGAUUUAACCGAGCGUCAGGUCAAAAUAUGGUUUCAAAACCGGCGUAUGAAAGCGAAGAAAGCAAACUUAAACGGAUUGAUAAAUUUAAGAAAUAACGUCCAGACGAGUCAGAAUGGUCCCUCUACAUCGAUGAUGUGCGAUGAACCAACUCCUAUGGAACAAGAACAGUUGCACGAUAUGCAUCCUGAUCACUAUAACAAACAGUCAUAA